AUGUCGGCGGCGCCUGCCCCCUUCCGGGUCAAAGUCCCUGAUGGUGUGUUGGAGAAUUUGAUGGGCAAGCGUGACGGUUGGAGGCGUUCUCAGAAUAGGUAUUUGUUACAAUACGAUCAGGUGGACGCCGACUUGGACCCGUUGUUGAAGAGGUUGCUGACCAAGGCGAGCAAGGUCGCCCAGGAACAGCUCAUACCGCUGUGCUGUGUCCUGAGCAGACACGACGACGAAAAGGCGAGCUCCCCGCUGCACAGCCUCAGGCUGGGGCAGCUCACCUUGGCACUCGGCGCCGACAGGCCCAUGCUGAUCGGCGACACCGCGAUCCUGCUGCUCGGCGGAACCGCCGUGCACGUCAGGGCCGGCGUGCCCACUGCCGUGCCGGAGCAGCACACCAAGUGCCCGCCCCAGAUCAGCGUAAGCCUGUACGUGGCCUCGCGGGCGGAGGCGCGCUCGCCGCCCCUGUCCGCCGUGCUGGCCUCUGCCCGCCGCCCCCUCGAGCCGUCGCCCGCGCUCCUCAGCUUCCGCUGGGCGCGGCCGACGACGCUCGACGAGGCCUGCCGCCCGGCGAGCGGCCUGAUGUUCGACAUCUGGAAGGCGUCCCGAGAUGCGCUCCAGGCGGAGGCGGAGGAGGAGCUCCCGCUGCGCAAGCGGGCCAGGCGCGACGCCGAGGAGGCCGCGCCCGCCCUCGGCGGCGCGGCCGCAGCAGCGGGGGUGCCGCGGCAGCGGGGGGGGGGCGCCGCUCUGCCCGCCGAGUGGGCCGUCGACGCCAAAGUGCAGCUGGACUUCGCGGGCUUGUCGCCGGGGGCGCAGGCAACGUGCCUGCGACGUCUGCAGAAGCUCUUCGACGGCCCCCAGCAGGUGCAGAACAUCAACAGCUACUGCUCCAGCGUCAUCAAGGGGGUGGGGGACACCUUCAGCUCCGAGCUGCAGCCUCUGCUGCGGGAUGCCCUGGAGGCCAAGCUGGAAGGAUCGGGCUGGAAGCUCGACGACCUGGACUGCAGCGCAGUCGCGGCGCUGGCGGGGCUGCCCCAGCAGGGCGCCCUCGCGAUCGUCGACAGCCUGAGGCCGGCCGCCGUGAGCAACAUCUCCGCCUUCGUGGCGGGUGCUGCCAGGAAGCAGAGCGCGGCGUGCCCGGUUGCCGCGGCGAUACGCUCUGGCUGGAACGCUGCCGCGAAAGCGAUCGCCGAGACCAAGGGCGAGGUGUGCAGCCAGUCGCUGCUACAGGUCGUCAAGAUGGCCUGCGACCAGCAGAAGCCGGGGCCAUUCGAGACCGCGUGCGCCGUGCUGUCGCGCUUCCCUCGUGGCUUCAGGCCCCCACUGUCGACCUACAACAACAUCUUCAAGGCUGCGGGGCGCGUGGGAAGGUGGCAAGCGGCGCUGGAGCUGUUCAGUCAGCUGCCGGAGCACCUCACGCCGAACCGAUACACGUACACGGCUCUGUUCGACUCGGUGGUUCGGGGCGGCGGGCCUCAAACCACCCUCUGGGCGCUGUGGAACGACAUGCACCGGCACGGUAUCGUUGCGGAUCAGAAGUUGAUGGGCGCCAUGUUGCAGGGGUGUUCGGAGCCCGCCGUCGUGGACGAGCUGCUCGCCGAGCUCGAGUGGCAGGCUACCGUGCCGAGUGUCGAACUGCUGACGAGCAUGGUGGGCUGUUACCAGCGGGCAGGUGUACCGACGGGCAGAACGUGGGAGAUACUGAAGCUGGCGAGGAGAUUCGAGUUGGAGCUGGACUGCCAGUUCCUCGUGCAGGUAGUCACCGCUCUGGGCUACGCGAAUGACACCGGCUCGGUGGUGCUCCUCCUGCAGAGCGCCCGUGGAGUGUACAAGGUGGCGCCAGACGUCUUCCUGUACACAGCCGCCAUCUCACAGUGCGCCCGGGCUGGAGACGUAGGUGGCGCUGAGGUUGUCAUCAGCCAGAUGCGGUCGGACGGGGUCGAGCCGAAUGAGCACACCCAUUGCGCCAUCAUCGCGGCGUACAGCAAGGGCGGCAAUCUCCCAAAGGCGGUCAAGUAUUUUAACAGAGUCAGCAAGGGCACCGCGCUGCCGAUCGAGGGAUACUGCAGCAUCCUGUCUGGGUGCCGCUGCGUACUGGACCGGCAGUGCGCCUUACACGUCCUUGACAGGGCGCGCAAACGCGGCCCUGUGAAGUCCGCGUGCUACACGCUCGCCCGGCAGACUUGCGCGUUGGCCGGAGACGACGAGGGCGCGAAGCAGGUAGACGAAUGGCAGCGGCUUGACGGAGUCGUGACCCACGUUCCCACUAGCACCGUGGACGACCCCACAACCGGGGAGAAGAGGGAGUUCGAGCCCGGGAGUAAGUGCGAGAAGGAGUUGGCCAGGUCCGUGAAGCGCAUGAUCGCCACGCUGAAGGGCGCCGGGUACGACCCCCAUUGCUGUGGCAGUACGACCCCCAGAUCUCUCCAGAGGAGCGGGCCGACAGGCUGCAGUACCACACGGAGAAAAAGGCGCUGGCCUGGGCGCUGGAGGCCUACCCCGAGGGCUCGUGCAUCACCGUCCGAAAGACGAUCCGCUGCUGCGUCGACUGCCACAACGCGUUCAAGCUGGCAUCGGCGGCCUACGGGCGGACGCUGCGGAUACUGGACCAGGUGCGGAUGCACGAGUUCAGCGCCGGCAGGUGCUCGUGCGGCGACUGGUGGUGACCCGUUCCUCGAGCCCGCCUGCAAAAAGAAGGCCUCCACCGCCCUCCUCUGCGGGACGGCCUCGGGGCUCUUCCUGCUGCUCGGCUGCCUGUGGUCCGUCUCCUACCAGGGGCAGGCGGGCGAUGGGGCAGGUGCGGACCUCCCUGCCGUACUCCGCCAGCCGGCCCAGUCAGAGGCGCACCGGGUCGCGGCCGCUGCGCUGCUGCUCCCCUCCGAGGAGCAGGGCGCUGCGGGAGGCAGCGCGCCGCCACCCGCGGGCGGCGCCGGCGAUCAGCAGGGCGCGCCAGCGAUCAGCGGGGCGCCGCCGUCCGCGGAGCCUGGCCCAAUGCCAGGCCCAGCCGCAACCACGACGACGACCACUUCGACGUCGACGAAGACGACCUCCGCGGCUGGAGCAGCACUUAAGGGAUGCUCGGCCGAAGAGGCCAAGAGCGGCGAGUGCCGCUGCAUCACUGACCCCCACAGGUGCCGCGGGAAAUGUAAUUGGCACCUGGGCGAGUGCCGCCUGCACUGGAAGCACGUCCCGAGCCCAUACAAGAAAACGGACGCCACUUGCAACGACGGUUUCCGCCAGGCUCCGUGCUUUGUGCCCAGCGAGUGCUCGGCCGGCGUCCCUGGGCCGACCCCUCAGGCGCGAUGGGCCUUGGUGUACACGCAUUCUCUGGAGCAGAAGUUCAAGCCCCCGAAGCAGCUGACACUGCUGCCCAUGCUGAACCUGGCCCGCAGGGUCGGGCACACCGACGUGGUCCUCGUGGUGCCGAAGGAAGGCGCGGUUGGCUUGCACGGUAGGCGCGCCCACGGCCUGAACCAGUCCGAGAAAGACGACCUGUCUGCCAGCGGCCUCGUAGUCCGCGAGGUGGACUGGUUGUUGCCACCCGACAUGAAGUUUAAGCCGAAGAAGGGGGCUGGCUGCCUCGUGAAGGACAUGUUUCGGUUGCAGGUCCUCGGCAUGGAAGAGUACGCGGCGGCGAUGUAUUUCGACACCGACACGCAGCUCACCGGCAACGGCGACAUCACGCAGCUGCUGCGAUGCGCUGCCAACGGCUACAUUAUCACCACCAGUGGGCCCCUGAGCCCCCUCAACCUGGGCAUGCUGGCGGUGAGGCCCAGCGCGGCGCUCCUGGAUGCCGCGGUCCGGCUGGCCCGCUGGGCCGACUUCGACGACGCCUCCGGCUGGGGCUCCGCUGGCCUCUCGCCCGGCACCGGGGCCUUCGUCGGCGCGGAGUGCGGCCAGGGCUUCUUCCACAUGAUGUUCUACAAGAACUUCUCGCUCGCCGCGCAGGCCGCGGCGGAGGCAGGGGUCACUCUGCCGCGGGCCGUGCAGGUGGACAGGUGCGUUUGGAAUCACCAGCACAUGCAGGACUGCCCUGGGAAGCUCAAGUGCAGCGACAUCGUUAUGAUCCACAAGGACCUGUGGUCCACGUGCAAGAAGAGGAGCAGCAGCGCGGUGAGCUCCCUCUACGCGGGCGGGCGGAGACUGGAGGAGCGCAGGCUGGAAGAGCACCGGUGUGCCCACGCAUGGGCCGACGGCUGA